UCCACACCCCCUGCUAGUAGCCAACAUGAUCAAGAUCUGGUCUAUGAAGAAGAACGAGGAUGCGGCUGCAAAGAAGCGGCCAAAGACCAGCGCUGCUCAGAUCCGGGUACAGAAAGAUCUUACCGAGCUCGACCUACCAUCGACUAUGAAGACCACCUUCCCCGACCCUGCUAAUCUCCUCAACUUCACCUUGACCAUCACUCCCGACGAGGGCAUGUACAAGGGCGGCGCCUUCAACUUCUCCUUCCAGAUUAACAACAACUAUCCGCACGAGCCACCAAAGGUCAAGUGCACGCAUAAGAUUUAUCAUCCUAAUGUCGACCUAGAGGGCAACGUUUGCCUGAAUAUCCUUCGUGAAGACUGGAAGCCAGUCCUUAACCUCAACUCUGUCAUGGUCGGCCUGCAGUACCUGUUCCUUGAGCCGAACGCCGACGACCCACUGAAUAAGGAGGCUGCCGAAGAGCUACGUAAGAACCGGGAACAAUUCCUCUACAACGUCAAGGCUUCUAUGCGCGGUGGCAACAUCAAGGGCGUCCAGUACGACCGGAUCACAGUAUAAUCAGUAGCCCCCCGGGUACAUGUAGACCAAGUGGUCACGCUUCAUUUACGAAAUGUUUCGUUGCAAUGUGUAGCACCACUCAUCCCCUCAUGCUGUACAUACAUUCUUCUCUCGCUACGGAUUUAUGACAGUGUAAUUGAUAUAUCUCUUAC